AUGGAGGACUCCGAUGCCCAUGUCAUCGCGCCCAAUGACGACUGCAAUCGCGACUGUGCCGAUUGUGUUGCCCAAUUCACCGGCGCAAAGCUGUGCAUGUACCCACUCGCGGCUGUUCGACAGCAGAUGGGCAUAUCCGACUCCGUGGCUCGAAAGCGAGCGGAAGAACUCGCAUCAGCUGCAAAGGCAAACCAAAGCUACCUCAUGGACAAGCUUGCACAACAUGGCAAUGCCAUCGCCUCAAAGUGGAGAAAGAUGAACAGGAAUAAACGCGAAGCAACCAUACUCCAAGCUCAACCAACUCUCUACCCACACAAAUACAUCGAGUCUCGCGUGACAUACCAGGUUGAUGGUAGUGAGGCUGAGAUCCGCGGAUUCAUCGACAGGACAGAACCCGAAAAGUACCACAACGCUUUUUUGCUGCCAUAUCUGAAUCUCGAAGACUGGGUCGCCUUCGAUUCCUAUCAGAUGAAGAAUUUGUUCGACGCCGGCUGUCUUCUGCUCAAGUAUAACGACAACUGUAUCAUCCUUCACGGCGAGCGAUAUGGUGAGCUUGUACCAUACGAUCGCAAAAAGGCACACUACCAGGACAUCAUUGGCUAUACUCGCGGCAUCUUCAUCUUGGAGGCUCAAUCUGUACUACUGCAGUUCCUGCGUAACACGACCGAUAUCCUGGUGACAGCUGAGUCCCAGAAUCGAGGCGAUGAGAGACUCACGGCUCUUGUCAUGUCUGACUCUAAAGCUUCUGGCGAGGUCGAGUGCUGGUCACCGUUCGGCAAUGGAGCAUUCUCUUCAGUGCCGCGCUUCGCUCCCGAACAUCUUCUGAGGAAUGCAAAGGCACAAUUGGCGGCAGCAGAAGAUCACCUGAGAUUCAUGCAGACUGACCCGGCAUACCUGCAACACUGGGUCCAACAGCAGCGACGCCUUGGCUACUACUCCAAUCUCGGUAUCGACAAGACAUGGGACUACAUAACCUCUGACAUCAUGGUCUACCCCGUCCAGCAUGUGCGCAAGCUACGCUGGGUGGUUGGCGAACUGGAGAAUAUCCUCGACGUCUACAAGCGCUUUCGAGAUCAGAUCCAUAUUGGCUCGCCGCUGCCGAAGAAGUUCGAUCGCGCGAUGUCGGCUCUCGAAUUUCUGUGCAUCAACUUGUACCAGGUCGAGCGCAAAGAACUUACGAAGCAGCUUCGUAAGACUCCUGGCUUCCAAGAAGACUACGAUUACACCAAGAAGGAUGCCAAUGGCCAAUCUGGGUCGACCCUUCGAUGGAUUCACGGCUACGAUAGUGUCGACGGAGCAUACUUUCGAUUGAAGCCACUACAUUUCGCCCUCUUGAAGCUUACCAACAACCCGGAAGAUAACGACAGCAUAGCUCCAUCAUGGCUGAUGAGCUUCAUCGACGAUCAUCUAGCCAAUGGAGACAGCAAGGAACACGCCAAGAUUGAUCAAACCCUCUACGAUCAUCUUGCCCGUAUGACAUGCUACUUCGAACUCGUCAGUGCUGUUCGACUGCAUCGUCCGUGCCCACGGGCCAUGUCAUAUGACAGCAUUACCGCAGAAGAGAUGGAACGUCCAGUGUGGAAGCUUUGGCGGAAGCCAACCGGCAACAUGACUGAUCUGGAGACUCGCGAGCUUGCGGGUCUGCUACGUGGCUUCUGCAAGACUCCAUGGCCGAGCGGAAAGCGAGACCAAGCAUGGAGUCAUAGUGCAUCGGGCGUACGCGACGGCUUACAAGCAUUCUGGGCAACAGCUCGAAGAGUCGCUCGUCGUGAGGUCACUGGUAUCGGCUUCGAUGAGGUUGACGUUGGAGAGUAUGUCGAACUAUUCUCUGCGGAUCAAGCGGAUGAGCAUCGAGCUGAACUCAGCGCCGAGAUUGCAGCAGCCGAGAAAGUCAUCGCCACGACGCAAGCUCAGGAAUCUGACGGCCAGAAGAGCGCUACAGCACCGCAGUCGAGCUGGGGCGACGGAAAGAGCAACAAGUUUGAACCAGUGCUCGAGAAGGUGAAGGCAAAGACUCGUCCAGACGGUAGUGCUAGCCCUUCGGACGCUGCUGUAGAUGAUCUGGCCAACCUUCGAAUCGUGGAUGAGCCGGCCACGCCGCGCAUCGCUGUCAACGCAGAGUCGAUGCGGAUCUUUGCCCGCAUGUUCCCAGUUAGUGUUGAGGAUGUCUUCAAGGGUCUAGUGAAGUGGCAACAGGUCGUCACGGCCAUGGCCGAUGCCGGAUUCUCCGCUACUCAUACUGGCGGCUCAGCAGUACACUUCGACCCAACCGUUGAUCUUGCGGCUGCAGGCUCUAUCGUGUUCCACAAGCCGCAUCCAGAUCCAAACGUGGAUCCGAUCAUGCUUCAGACAAUGGGCAAGCGCAUGAGAAAGUGGUUUGGGUGGGAUGGAGAUAGCUUUGUGGAGAGAGCUAGGCAGACAUGA